AGCGGAUUACAGAACUGGGUGUGGCCACGGUGGUCACUUAUGGUGCCAUGAUGGCUGUGAUGGCAGGCACGAGUCUGCCGUGGCACAUGGCUUUCUCGCUGAUGGCUGAAAUGGAGGCACAAAAGAUUGUUUGCAAUCUGAUCAUCUACAAUGCCUUGAUCAAUGUGGUUGGCAAGGCCGAGCAGUGGCAACUUGCUGUGGAGUUGCUGGCGGAACUUCCAAUGAGACGGCUGGAAGCGAAUGCAGUGAGCUUUAGUUCCGCCAUUACGGCCUGCGAACGAGCUUUUGCCUGGGAAGCUGCCCUGCAGCUAUUGGAAGACUCUCAGCCGAGCUGUCAAGGCAACAGCUUCGUGAUCAACGCGGCGAUCAGCGCAUGCAAAUCCGCCCAGCAGUGGCAACAAGCCGUGGCCCUUCUGCGCUUCGGGGAGGCCGAUGUGAUCAGCUACAGCAGUGCCAUCAGCGCCCUCUCAGAGGUUGAUGUGAGGGCUCCGCAGUGGGCUCUACAGAUCUGGGCGGAGAUGGAGGAGCAGCACGUGGAGCCAAAUGUCAUGACCUACAGCGCUGUGCUCAGCCUUUUGGGCCGCGCAGCACAGUGGCAGAGCGCCCUGCAAUUUUUGCGGAGCUUCCAGAGGCAGCGCUGCGAGGACAUCGUGGUGUACAACGCCGCAGUGAGCGCUUGUGAGAAGGGAGAGCAAUGGACUUGGGCUUUGCAGUUGAUCUCUGACCUGCAGGAGAAGAGACUCCAAGGAACAGUGAUCACCUACAAUGCUCUGUUGAGUGCAUGUGAAAAAGCGGGCCAGUGGCAGCAAGCGUUGCAACUGUUGGCGUGUUUGCUUCGAAGAGAGGCACAACAGGAUCUCAUUACCUACAACGCUGCUAUGAGUGCUUGUGAAAAGGGUGAGAACUGGCAGAAAGCAUUGUCUUUGUUUGAGAUGUUGCAGGAGAAACACUUCGAAGCCGAUUUGAUCUCCUACAACGCAUGCAUCAGUGCAUGUGAGAAAGCAGGUCAGUGGUUACAAGCCUUGAAGCUGUUACACCAACUGCAAGGGCAAAAACUGCAAGGCGAUGUGAUCAUGUACUCUUCUGCCAUCUCUGCAUGUGAGAAGGGCAGACGCUGGGAACGUGCCAUUCAACUCCUGCGAGAUCUUCAGAACGAACAGCUGGAAGGCAACGUGGUGUCUUACAGUUCAGCCAUUAGUGCAUGCGACAAAGGAGCGGAGUGGGAGCAUGCCUUGUACUUGCUGCUGGAGUUGCAGGUGAAUCGCGUGGAAGAAGAUGUGAUCAGUUACAACGCAGCCAUCAGCGCCUGUGACAAAGGACAGCGAGCCGUGCACUUGAUGAAGGACUUGGAGCAGCGACGGCUUCGAAGUAACGUGGUGACCUACAACGCGGCCAUCGCUGCAUGUGAGCGAGAGGAGGAGUGGCAGGAGGCCAUUCAUUUGCUGCAACAGCUCCAGGAGAGGCAAAUGAAGGCGGAUCUCAUCAGUUUCAAUGCAGCAAUCAGUGCUUGUGAAAAAGCAGGGCAUUGGCAAGGCGCGUUGAUUCUACUGGCCGAGCUGGAAAGACGCGAAUUGGAUUCGGAUGUCAUUACGCGCAAUGCUGUCGUGGCGGCGUGUGUUCAACAGCAUCAGCUUCAGCAGGCCUUGGAGGUGGUCGAGGGUGCCUGGCAAUGCCGAUUGGAAACGGAUGUCAUUACCGAUGACUUGACCCUCGUUGCAUGUGAGAAACGCGCUGCGGGCUUCCGAGCGCUACCAGUCUUGGAGAAUUUGACGCGACGAUCGCUGGGGCAGAUGGAGAAAAAGAAAAGCAGCGGCCGUUGCCACGGGGACACGGAUUUGGAUUGGGACGCCUCGGCGAGAGAGAAGGGUGCUUGA